AUGCGUGACCCGCCAGAUAAGAAAGUGAGGGAAGCUUUAAAACAAUUUCCAGGCUUUUUUGCCCCGUUAACAACUUCUCAUAAUCCAUUUUCUAUUGAUAAUAUUUUGGCACCAAGACCGCGCCUUCCAACGCCAUAUUAUUCACCCGGUGCUCAAGCUGCAGCUGACUUUUAUUGUAAGUAUCUAUCUGCAUCUGAAUAAAUAUAUGUUUUUAUGUGUAUUGCAUUAAGAAAAUAUGCCUCCUUAUCAAAGAAGCCCUAAAAUCUCAUAGAUUGCUGAAUAAAUUUUAGUGGAAAAUGGUACUAUGAUUAGACUCACUCUUCGUUUUAGACACUGAAACGUUUACUCGUCAGUGAAUUGCAUCACUAGUGAAGGAUUUUUACUAGUAAAACCGACAGGUUAUUCGUUUAUUAUAGAAAAUUUUAAAAAACGUAUCUUGCUCACUGUUUGCUAAUAAGUUCUAAUUAGAACUUUCAAUUUUCAAAAAAAAAAUGAUCUUAAUGCUUAUCUCAUUAUUUUGUUUUUUGUUGUUUAGUGGAUGUAAGAGUUGUUUGACGACAUCAUAUUUUUCGUUCGCAUAGAUGGGAAAAGUUUAAUUUUUAGAAUUCUUUAUAGUCUUAGAUCUAACACUCAUACGGCAGCGGAUAAUAUCUUUUCAAGUCCUUGUCUAGUUGAUCUUGUUUUAUAUAUUUUGUGCACUAUGCGAAGUGUUCGACCAUACUAGUAUUUAAAAGUUGUUGGGUAUAUGAAUGAAAGAAGAAAAAGUCUAUUUUAUUCUAUAAUUUAUUCGGUUGUACACAGAUGUGUUUAAUUGUUCAGUAUCAAAUUAUGAGCGCACUAAUUCACCUGAACAUUGUUUUAGAUACAUGAUAAUCAUUCAUCAAGAGGUGUUUAUAAAAAAAAAUAUCACAUUCAAAACAACAACAAAAAAUAGUUGUUGUUACAUUUUAUGAUUUGUCACCUCUUUAGCUUUGCGAUAACCUUCCAAACUACAUCUCAUCUAUAUCAUUCUUAUUAUCAAACAUAAAAUUAUCUUUUACUAUCCAUAAAGUGUGAAAAUGAAGUUUUUUACUCGUUUUUCUUAUUUAAAGUAUAAUGCAAAAUAACCUUUUUGCUGUAACUUACUUUUACUGAUUAGUAGAUAACUGUUAAUGGCGUUAUUUCUAAUGCUCAUUACACGAACUAUUUGCAAAGAAAAUUCAGUUAUUUUUGAGAAAAAGUAUGCUGGUUUUACUUCAGAUGACUCUUGUAUCUUAAUUUGUUUAUGCAACGUUCAACGAAAUCGAAGUUUAAACUCUGCUAUUUGCAUAUUUAGCCGGCAUACUCAGACUUAAGUAUAACUUAUCAUUUUUCAUCUUAUGAAAAAUAGUUCGCUACGAUCUGUCUAAAUCUGCGUACUGUCGUCAUAUCGAAAGUUCUAAUAAUUUAUUAUCUUAACUAAAAAUAUAGAUUCAUUUUGUUGAUCAGAUAUCUUAUGUUUUUUAUCACCUUUAAAACAAUUGACAGAGCAUCAGAUAAGAUAUACCGAUUUGUCAGC